UUUUGUGCCUUGUGGUUUUAUUCGUUUGUGUUCUAAAAGCUCAUAUGAUUCAAGCGCUGUUCCGAGAAGUUGUACUUGCGUACUUCUCUUCGAAGAAUGGAGCUUAAGCUAGAAAUUUUUUCAGCUACAAACUGGUUUUCAGAAUUGAAGGGAAUUCAAAAAACCGAGCGACAAUACAGUUGCGGAAAGGGUAAAAAACCGAUGACAAGGUCGGAUGGUUCGAGCUCGAAAAAGGGUUUGCAAAUGAGUUGUUCAAGAGUCGAGGAUUGUGGUGAUUCGUCAAAAGGGAAGGCAGAGAUGUGGGGCAGUGAAGUUGAAGAGCUUAGUGAGAGAUUGAAGAUUCUUGAAGAAGAGACUCAGAUUAUAAAGGAAGCAGUUUUUUGGAGCUUGGAAGAAAGGAAAAGUAUGAUGAAUGAGAUAUGCAAGCAGUUUCAGCUAUUACAAGGAUACCUUCAACCAAAAAAUCAUCUAGUAAUAAAAGAAAGUUUUUAUGUCAACCCUUUUGAGGAUGGGAGAUUCAGAAAGAGUUUGCCAAAUAUCCAAAUCCCAGAUCCAAAACCAUGUCUUCUCACCAAAGAGCUCAAGGCAAAUGCUUUGGCCUUCCAAGAACAUGCUAGAUGUAGAGGACACAUCAAGUUUCACUAUGAUUGACGGGACAGAGCCUCGAUCGGAACUGGUAGUUUCAUUGGAAUUCGGAUAAUAACUUAUUUGUAAAACGAAGUGUGUGGUACUCUUGCAAUCUCUGCUUAAAGAGAAUAAUAAAGUCGAGAAGAAUUUCAUUAUGUUAUAGUGACAAAGUGACGUGUUAAAACGUUUUUACUGAGUGUUCCACAAACUAAACAAACUGGCUUGAUAUGGGAAACAUCAUUGUUACUUGAAAACAGAAU